AUGCCGGGUCCAGCUCUUCUUCAUGAAUGCGCAACGACCAACAUGAUACAGAGCCUACAGAAGCUUCUCCGCGAAACGAACUACCCUUUAAAUUUUGAGGUGGAUCUCGCCAAAGGGGCGGUAAGAACUAGGGAAUUACAACGCAACGGCCAAGGGAAACAGAGUAAGUCGGUGCAUAAAGCUUUGUUACCGGCCGGCUCGUAUCCAAUCGUCGCGUUGUUGGUCGGGAUGGAGUUGGGGUCGAAGUUCGCCGAACAACACGGAGAAGGUGGUGUCAACGGCAUGGAACCUGAGCAUUUCGCGAGUCACAAUUGGACGGAAUGA